AUGAUUUCUCUUGGGAAAAUUCUCCAUUUCUUACUCAAGAAUAAGUUCUUACGCAGAGUGGUGAAGGCUCUUAUGGCUUUGAUAAUUCUGUCAGUAGAAAAGAAGAGUUUGGUCAUACGUUCAUAUCAAAUCCAAUAUCUUUUGUUAAUUCUAAUUGUGUUUUUAACAGGAAGACUGAAUGAUAUCUGUCCUGAUUUAUUCAGAUUGAAAGAGAUCAUGCAAACAAGGAUGACCAAGUCCCUAUGUGUCUCAAACAGUGACAAGCCUGUCAGCUUUGCCAGAGAGUAUGGCAUGAGUAGUGCAACUCGUAAAGAAAUCUCUGUCAAGGAUAAAAAGCAAGACAAUGGUGAUGAAAUUGCGAUUCUGGAACCUGUCAGCAAAGAUGAACAUCAUUUGUUGGACGCUUUGGACUUUAUUGCACCUCUGAUUGUGGGAACUGCUGGUAAAAAUCCAUCUCUUGCUCUGAACACUUCUGGUGAUGAUUCACUUCUUGCUCUGGGCCCUACCAGCAAUUUGUUGACUAGUUCUCUUGUGCCAGAAAUGACCAAGUCCAAGAAGAGAGACUCGACGCAUGCCCAGCUUGUCAAAGAGAGAGAGAAGGCAGUAGAUAAGAAGCUGAAGGUGAUGGAUGCUGCUGCCAAGGCGUUCCAAGACAAGAAAAUUGCCAUUAAAGAAGCCUAUUUUCUGAAGGUCAGAGAAGACCAUUGGAAGAAAGAGACAUUAGACGCAGAUAUGAAUAUGAUACUUGGGAUGGCAAGUUUGUUUUAUUGGUCUGAGAAGAAAAUAAGAGAGGAGUAUGCCUAA